GGACGGGGGGUGGGAUUUGCAGGAAGCUCAAAACAAAAAAAAAACAAAAGAACAAAUUAACGAACAAAUUGUAGACUGUACAAUCAAUUAGUUUUAUCAGUGACAUGACGUAGCUAAUGAUAAUGAAUACGAUGCGCCACUAUAAGCGUAACUACUCCACCGCAACUUAAAAACAGAUCAAACGGCGUGGCAGUGAUUUGUCGAACAAAUAUAGUUGUAAUACAGUAGAUAUCGCCUAAUUAAAAUUAAAUUCAUGAAUGAGCAUAAGCAAAAUUUGUAAUGAUUAGUAAUUUACGAAAGCAACACUAAAACAUCACUUCGCCAUUUAACGGAUACUUACUGUAAAUACACACACUCGCAUCUCUUCAUUUAUCAAGAACAACGGACCCGCUCACACAAUGGACAACAGUCAGACAGGAAAUAACGUUAUCAACGUCAAUGGACACGUGGGAAGCACAAAUAACAACAACAAAGGCUCUCAGAGUGGCUUACAACAGCGCAAGUCCUCCUCCACCGAGUCCCCACCAGAACUGAGAAUCCUUUGUUUUGAAUUAACAUACUACAAUCGAACAACUCAAUUCCUCCUCAGCUGCGCCGGCGUCUUUAUAUUGUACAUAAUCUAUGGCUAUCUGCAGGAGCUGAUUUUCACAGUGGAGGGCUUUAAGCCCUACGGCUGGUUCCUUACAUUGGUGCAGUUUGGCUAUUACAUUUGCUUUGGCUUGGUGGAGCAUCGUCUAGAGGCUUAUAGAGCGUCCGGUGGCAAAUGGAAUAGUGAGCCAGCACCACGUUGUAUACCAAUGCGGACGUACUUCGUGCUGGCCGGACUCACACUUGGGACUAUGGGACUAUCCAAUUCUAGUCUUGGCUAUCUUAACUACCCCACUCAAGUCAUCUUCAAAUGCUGCAAGCUUAUUCCCGUGCUAGUCGGCAGUAUACUCAUUCAAGGAAAGCGUUAUGGACCUUUAGAUUUUGCAGCUGCAGGUGCUAUGUGUAUUGGACUCGCCUGGUUCACAUUAGCAGAUUCUCAGUUAACGCCUAACUUUAAUCCUUUGGGCGUGGCAAUGAUCUCUGGUGCUUUGCUGUGUGAUGCAGUUAUCGGCAAUGUGCAGGAGAAAGCCAUGCGCGAAUUUAAGGCGCCCAGUAGCGAAGUAGUAUUCUAUUCCUAUGGGUUGGGAUUUGUGUAUCUACUUGUGAUAAUGCUGAUUACCGGUAACUUUUUCAGCGGCUUUGCGUUCUGCAUAGAGCAUCCUUUGCAGAGUUUCGGCUAUGGAUUCCUGUUCAGUCUCUCCGGCUACUUGGGCAUGCAGUUUGUAUUGGCGUUAGUGCGCAGCAGUGGAGCUCCUGUGGCGGCCACAGUAACUACUGCACGGAAGGCUGUCACGAUAGCCAUAUCGUUCUUAUUCUUCACCAAACCCUUUACAAUGCAAUACCUCUGGUCCGGUUUGGUUGUUGUUUUGGGAAUCUAUUUGAGUGUGUAUAGCAAGAGAAAUAAACUAACAUUUACCGAUUUGAGGCAUAAAUUCAAGCAACUUAGUGUACGAAUCGCACGCUCACCAAGCCGUAGAUUCCUCAUUGAAGUUUAACUUAAAUCGUUGAAAUAGAGGCAGAACAAAAAGAAAUACCAUAAACUUAGUCAAAUGAAAAGAACAAUUUCUAUAAGAAGCAUAAGUAUGUGGUAUAGUUUUAAAAAUAAAAUUCCAAUAUAUCAAAAAUUCAUUUUAUCUAUCUAAAUCAAA